CAAAAAAAAAAAGGGUGGGGGGGAGGGAAUCUUCUUCAAAAGCCAACCCUAGCCUUCUCUCUCUUUUAAAACCGGUAACAUGCCAAGAAGAAGGAAGAGGGUUGCAGAACAAAAAACAAAAAAAGGGAAAGAUCUCCUGCCCUGCACGCCUGCACCAAGCCCGUGCCCAGAUCCCCUUUGCUCUGCGCCAUUGACCUUGCUUGCUGCACCGAGCACGCGACCCUGCUUGCUGCAAUCCUCUGCACCAGCCUCUGCACCAGCCUACGCCCCUGCACAAGCCGCGCACCAGCUCUGCACUUUCCUCUUUGCGCCCCUGCACCUCAAAUCCCCUCUGCCCCUGCGCCCCUGCACCAGCCUCUCGCCCCUGCAUCAGCCUCGCGCCCUGCACCGGCCUUGCGUCACGCCCCCUGCUGCGCCUUUGUCCCUGCAGCCAACCGAGCACCAUGUCCUUGCGUUGCUUGCAGGAUGACAUCACGCUCCAACUUUCUUGGCUGUUCUGCAGGGCCAGUUUUGGCCUCACCCGAUCAACGGUGGAAGGAAAAAGAAGAAAAAUUGAAGGGUUUGGAUGAGGAGAGAAGGGAGGGAGUUCGGGUUUUGUUUGAGGGGGUAUAAAUAGGAAGGACCGGUAAAUUGAAAAGGGGAGAGUUCUCUUGGUUGUUCUUUUUGGUCUGAGUUUGGGAUUGCCGGAGGUGAUAGCAAGAGAAAGGAGAUCACCGGAGGAGACUGUGCAUUUCCUUGGUUUUUGUUGUCUUAGGUAAACUUUCUGAUCAGAGGAAGUUUUGGGGAGGGUGGUGAAGGAAAGGGUUGGAGCUUGAUCCCGUGUGUGGGAUCCCUCCCUCCGAUCCUGAUCUGUUUUACUUUCGCCAUGGUUGUUUUAAUUUCUGUGUUGAUGUACUGCAUUUGUAUUUGAGGUUGAUAUCGCGAAUGAAAUCAAGCAUUUUCUUUUUA